AUGGGUGGCCCUGAUCCUGACAGGAACUCUCGAGUCAAAUUCCAGAGGCGAUCUCAGACACUGAAAGAUAAAGCUCAUGAACUUGCCAAGUUUUGCGAUGCGAAUGUCUACCUAUUCGUCAAUCACCAGCGAAAAACGUUUGUCUAUAACUCGGUCGAAGAUGGGUCGUGGCCCCCUAAUGAUGAGAGCCUGGAACAACAGUACUCCAACCUUGAGCGAACGAACUUCAGCGAAAUGGACGAGCCGCACCAACGCUCCAGGGAUAACUUGUCUCGAUUCACUCAAUACUUUUCUAUCAGAAGAGAGCUCUUUCGGUCUUUGGAGGACCUCUACAGGGAUAUGGGCCUCGCCAAUGUUAGCGCUGAUGAAGAGUCCUCAGGCGCAUAA